AUGGCGCUGACUGCAUGGCUCAUGCAAGCGGAACCGAACCGCAAACUGAUAACAGAGCCCAUCAAGAUAGGGCCUCACCGCUUGACCUCUGAUUAUUCCAGGGGACUUCAAGGUACUCCGGCUUUGGAGAGGGCGACUAUACUAGAGGUGGAUUCUGAGACCCCGGAAGAAUGGACGACUGUGACGCACCCGAGACUUCAUGGAAACUUUUCGGAGACUCGCACCCAAUACCGGCAGAAUGAGAAUGAUUUGGACAGGGUUCUUCUCGCCAGGAGCUUCCGGCGACUCGCCAACGACAAGACGACGUUUUCUCAUCAUCCGUCGCUUCCUCAUCAUACGCCGCCUCAUCACGAUCACGAUCACGAAAGAAAGUCUCAGCAGCCUUCACAACUGGCAGGGCAACCAGAAGGGGCCAAGGCGACUAUCGCCGGAUCUGCCCCGAUUGCCCCGGUUCGAACAAUUCUUGGCGGUAUGACGGCUACUGUGCGCUGUGUCACAUGA